GCACUUGACGUGCAGUGCUGAAUGUGCUUCCGGUGCGCGUUUCCCUGCACGGAGGGAAGCUAUGGCCACCACCGGGUUUUCGUUCGGGGGCUCCACCACCACCACCCUCAACCCGGCCACUGGGACAGCCACGCCAUUUUCCUUCGGAACAAAUACGCCUGCGAGUAAUGCUGGUACAACACCUUUUGGUGGUUUUGGGACCCCCGCAACAACUACAACUCCCGCAUCGGGAACUGGAGCCAUGUUUGGAGCAAAACCAGCCACAGGAUUUGCAUUAGGAUUACAGAAUACACCAACUACUACUGCAUCUGGUUUCAAUUUAAAUUUUGGCAAACCUGCUGGAUCAGCUACCCCUUUCUCUCUGACUACUACUACCUCAUCCACAGGCCUUUCCCUGCCCUCUUUGACAUCUACCCCAGCAGCAGGCACUGGGUUUUCUUUGAAUCUGAAUACUGGUGCGACAGCUGCAACUACGGCAUCCACUGGCCUGUCACUCGGUCUCGCUGGGACACUUUUUCAAAACGCAACUCAAGCCACAACAGGUCUUGGACAGAAUCCUCUGGGUCUAACAGCACCAGCAACGCAGACUACUUCUAAUGAAGGUCUUGGUGGAAUAGAUUUCAGCAGUUCGUCAGAUAAAAAAAGUGAUAAAACUGGAAGGCGACCUGAAGACAGCAAAGCACUUAAGGAUGAAAAUCUACCUCAAGUAAUCUGCCAAGAUGUAGAUAAUUUCCAAAGGUUUGUGAAGGAGCAGAAACAUGUACAGGAAGAGAUCAGCAGAAUGUCUUCUAAAGCUAUGAUGAAAGUAGAGGAAGACAUCAAAGCCUUGAAGCAACUUUUAUCACUUGCCUCCAGUGGCCUUCAGAGAAACACUCUGGCUAUCGACAAACUGAAAAUUGAAACUGCUCAGGAACUUAAAAAUGCUGAAAUAGCUUUAAGAACACAGAAGACGCCGCCGGGUCUUCAGCAUGAAAAUACAGUACCAUCAGACUACUUCCGAGCUUUGGUGGAGCAGUUUGAAGUCCAGUUACAGCAAUACAGGCAGCAGAUUGAAGAGCUGGAAAACCACCUGGCAACACAAGCAAACAGCUUACACCUAACACCACAAGACCUAUCUUCGGCAAUGCAGAAGCUCUACCAGACAUUUGUGGCCUUAGCAGCCCAGCUACAGUCCAUACACGAAAAUGUUAAGAUGCUGAAAGAAAAAUACCUUGGCUAUCGGAAGACCUUCUUGGGUGAUUCCACUGAUGUUUUUGAGGCAAGAAAAGUGGAAGCCAAAGUGUCAAAGUGGCAGAGUGCCCCCCGCAUAACCACUGGACCCGCACCCUUUGGCAGCGUACCAAACGCAGCAGCUGUGGCGAUGGCUGCAACCCUGACCCAGCAGCAGCAGCCUGCUACAGGGCCUCGGCCUUCACUAGGAGUUGGGUUUGGAGCACCAUUCGGCUCAGCUAUGAGUUCUGGUCUACAACCAGCUGGCUUGGGCUCUUCAAGUAUUGGAGGAUUUGGAAGUAGCUCGGCUUUCGGAAGCAACACGUCUGGCACUAACUCUUUUGGCUUUGGAACUGCAAAUAAACCAUCAGGAAGCCUCAGUGCAGGAUUUGGCACUUCAUCUACAUCUGGAUUUAACUUCAGCAGUCCCGGCAUCACUGCAUCAGCUGGCUUAACCUUCGGAGUAUCUAACCCCUCAUCUACCAAUUUUGGGACCGGAUCACAGCUGCUACAGCUUAAGAAGCCCCCAGUUGGAAACAAGAGAGGGAAAAGAUAGACAUUUUAGAGAGCGAGAGAGGGAAAGAAAUCUAGUUAGUACAUUUGAAGAUCUAUUUUUCUAAACCUGUGCUUUAAUUGUUCCCUAAGAGAUUUAUAAAGUUUUUGAUAUUUUUUUUUUUCCCCCCUCCAAUAUUUUCAUGUCUGAAAGCCACUGAUGUGUUUGCACCCAAUAUCGUACUAUAUAAUAGAAUCUUCUUUUGGAGUCGUGACAACAGCGCACUGAGCUCUGCGUUAAGAUUUCACAACUGUCUUUUUAAUAGCUUGUCGGGCUAUUGCACAUACUGUAUGAGUUUAAGUGGUUUCAUCAUUGAGUGUUACCAGUGAAGUUUUGCGUA